AUGAAGAUUAGGCUUACUUCUUCAAAAGUUUGGAAGGUUACUAAGUUCAUUUCUGAGCAUGUUCAUCCUUUAACAAGCCCUGAUAAAGUAAUGCAUCAUCAUUCUCACAAGCAGCGACAUAGAUCGAAGCAUUGCAUUAGCCUCAUUGAGUUGUUGCAUGAAGAGGGAAUGAAACCAUCUAAUAUCAAAAAGGUGCUUAAUGUUGGAUAUCAAGGACAAGAUGCUGAACAAGUCACCACACAACAGAUGAUUGAUCAUAUCAGAAAGGCAAGGCAAAGUAACAUAGGAUGUGAAUGUUUAAACAUAAUUAGACAUUUCCAAGAUAGAAAGGAAUCGGAUCCAGAUUUCUAUUUUGCUAUGGAGGUCGAUCACUUUGGUACCCUGAGAAGUGUGUUUUGGGCCGAUGGUAGAGCUAGAGCCUCUUAUUUAAGACUUGGAGAUGUAGUUGUGUUUGAUACCACAUACAAGACUAAUCAGUUGAGUAUGCCAUUUGCUCCAUUUACAGGAGUAAACCACCACCGUCAAUCCACCCUCUUCGGUUGUGCAUUGCUUGCAGAUGAGCGAGAGGAAACCUUCGAGUGGUUGUUUUCACAAUGGCUCAAGUGUAUGCAUGGGGUUGCACCAAAGGCUAUCAUAACUGAUCAGGAUGCACAGAUGAAAAAAGCUAUUAAGAACAUUUUGCCAAAUACUCGGCAUCGCUUUUGUUCUUGGCAUAUUAGAAAGCAUAUUGCUGAGCAGCAAGUAAAGUUGAAGAGCCAAUACGGGGAUGAGAUGCCUACAUAUUUCAACAAUUGGUAUUCUGCUAGAAGUAUAAGCAAAUGUGAAGAUUGUUGGGAAGUCCUAAAGGUUAAAUUCAACAUAAAUGAAGGUGAAGAUAGUUGGCUGACAAGAAUGUAUAACUUGCGUGAACAUUGGGUAGAUGCAUACUUGAAGGACUGUUUUUGGGCGGGAAUGACAACAAGCCAAAGGAGUGAGAGCAUCAAUGCCUUUUUUGAUGGCUUUGUCAAUGCAAACACUCGACUAGUUGAGUUCGUGGGUCAAUAUGACAAGGCAGUGGCAUCUCGUCGUGCAUCAGAAUCUCAUGAGGACUUCAUGACUUUGAACACCGUGCCUGUGAUGAGCUUCUCAAAUCCGAUUGAAGCGCAAGUUGGAAAUAUAUACACCAGGGCGAUCUUGAAGAUGUUCCAAAGGGAGCUUGGUGAUGUGAUGUCAUUACAUCGUGAAGAAGUGUCAAAGGAGGAGUUGAAAAUUGUAUACUUGGUUGGAAAAUAUUUUCAAAAUAAAGAGAAUUGGGAAGAAGUAACCUAUGAAAUAAAUAGUGAGCUUAACGUUGCAUGCACUUGUUCAUUUUGGGAAACUGAAGGAGUGCUAUGUAAGCAUAUACUGAAUGUAUUGUGGCUAAACCAAGUGACUUCUAUUCCCGAAAGGUAUAUCUUGCCUAGAUGGAAAAUUGAUGCAAGAUGGAAAAUUGAUGCAAGGUAUAGAUAUUUUGGCUUUGUUAAUGCUAUGAAGUUGCAACAAAAUGAUGAUAGCAUGGAGCGAUGCAAGGUAUAG